GUCUCGAAAUUGCCAUGGAGAUUUCUCGACAGGGUAAUGGUUACUUACAGGAAUCCAAGCUCGAUAAUGCAUUGUUUGCAAAUAAUCCAGAGAAAUGCGCAUCAGUCAUUGGUGUCUCUGUAAAUUUGAUUUAUCUCCUUUCUGCUAUAUUUAGUCCAUACAUGCCUUCCACUAGUGAAUCAAUUGUUCGUCAAUUGAAUGCACCGCUGAGGAUUAUCCCUGAUACAUUUACUAUGGAUAUUGAAGCUGGUCACCAACUUGGCAAAGCUGAAUAUCUUUUCAAAAGGAUUGAUGAAAAAAUGAGUGAG